UGAAGAUUGGCGGGCAGGAGCUUGUUUCAAGCAGCAUUUCUUGCUGAGCCAACUCAAAGCCUGAGGUUUUGCAUGAGCAACCGAAAGUGGACUGAAGUUUGCAGGGAUGAAUAUUUGAAGCCGAUCAUCUCGGAGCAACUCAGGUGAAGAACAAAAGCCUAAAUCUGGAAAUAAACACCAAAAUACACCAGCAGUGGGAGAGCUCAACGUGCUUAAAAUACUUCUGGGCCAAGGAGCAAAUAGACCUGGAUUGUACUGCUAAACCUCAGUGAGAUCCCGUCCUGGGGAUUUGCUGCCCUCCAGGAGCCGAAAAGGGCAGGACGGGACUGCAUUGCCUUUUGUCCUUUGCGGAUAGACCAGCAACGAGCACGCCUUCAUUUUCUGGACACAUCUCGGUUGUGAUCCCUACCCAGAAAAUCUUGGUUUUGGGGUGGCGGGAGGACGCUUGCAGGGCAGCGGCUCCCCGAGCACCCCCCAAACGGUUCUCGAUGUGAGUCCCACCCAGGAUGCACCAUGUCUCCCCGGCACCGGCUCUGACGAUGAUGGCCACCCAGACGGUGCCCCCUCCUCCCUACCAAGACACCCCACAGAUGACGGCCACAGCCCAGCAGCCCAGCAAGGCACAGCCUGUCCAUCUCACCACGCCGCCGGCGGCCGCCAACGCGCCAGUAUCCGCCGCGGCCGGCGACCCCCAGGCACAGCUGGAGGCCGACAAACGAGCCGUCUACAGCUGGAGAGGCUCAUUGAAGGUUGCACUAACUCAUGGUCUUCAUCCCCUUCUCCACGUGCUUUGGCACCCACUGUUCCCGCUGCUGACUCUGCUCUUUGAGAAGUGUGAGCAGGCAACGCAGGGCUCCGAGUGCAUCACCUCGGCCAGCUUCGACGUUGACAUUGAGAACUUCGUUCACCAGCAGGAGCAGGAGCACAAGCCCUUCUUCAGCGAUGACCCUGAGCUGGACAACCUGAUGGUGAAGGCGAUCCAGGUGCUGCGCAUCCACCUCCUGGAGCUGGAGAAGGUCAAUGAGUUGUGCAAGGACUUUUGCAACCGCUACAUCACAUGCCUCAAAACCAAGAUGCACAGCGACAACCUACUCAGGAAUGACCUGGGGGGGCCCUAUUCCCCCAACCCCUCUUCCAUCAGCCUCCACCCUCAGGAGAUGCUGCAGAGCUCGCCGGCGGCGCUGCCGCCCGCCUCCAACCCACCGCCGGGCAUUGUGGUGCCGGCGGCUGCGCUACCACCAGGCAACUUGGCCAUGAGCGCUGGCAGCGGCUCACCGGCCGUGCCAGGUGGAGCCUUGUACCAGCCCGUGACGAUGGUGACGUCACAGGGCCAGGUCCUCGCCCAAGCCAUUGCCCCCGGUGCCCUGCAGAUCCCCAACGCCCAGGUGAACCUGGAUCUCACCUCCCUCCUCGACGGUGAGGACAAGAAGUCCAAGAACAAGCGGGGCGUCCUGCCCAAACAUGCUACCAACAUCAUGCGCUCAUGGCUCUUCCAGCAUCUCAUGCACCCCUACCCCACAGAGGACGAGAAGAGGCAAAUCGCCGCCCAAACCAACCUGACCCUCUUGCAAGUCAACAACUGGUUCAUAAAUGCCCGGCGGCGCAUCCUGCAGCCAAUGCUUGACGCCAGCAACCCAGACCCAGCCCCCAAAGCCAAGAAAAUAAAAUCUCAGCACCGGCCCACCCAGCGCUUCUGGCCCAACUCCAUUGCCGCUGGGGUCCUGCAGCAGCAGGGUGGCAAUUCGGGGACAAAUCCUGACGGCUCGCUCAGCAUGGACAACCUGCAACCUCUCUCGUCAGCCACAGCCACCAUGGCCAUGCAGCAGGCCAUGCUGGCAGCCCACGACGACUCCCUCGACGGCACUGAGGAAGAGGAGGAGGAUGAGGAGGACGAGGACGAGAUGGAGGAGGAGGAAGAAGAAGAGGAAGAGCUGGAGGAAGAGCCUGGCGGCCUCCCGGCAGCACCUGGUACCGACCUUGGCUUGGACCACAGUGACUCGCUGGAAUAGCUCCUCCUGCACCCUCCCCAAAUCAUUGACAGCACCGGAAACAAAAUUCCCCCCAAAAUGCCAAAAAAAUUGGCAAGAACAAAAACAAAAUUGGUGAGAAAAAAGCAAAUUGGAGGCGCUGGCAGAUGCCCCGGCUGCCAUCGGGAGCGCGGGGACCACGACGUCAGCGUGUGGAAGUGAAGGACACAUGUUUACAAGGCACAUAUUGUGGCCAGAUUAAUUUUUUUUUCAGGUUUUAUUCUUAUUUUCCCCUUUUCCCUUCCAUUUUUGGUAAGAAAAAGCAUUUUUAAGGGAAGCUGUUUUCCCCACACGAUGCUCAGAUGCUGUUGGGCAACAGUGGGUUUUCACCAUGGGCCACUGUGGCCAUCACUUGGAUUUCUUGGUGCAAAAAACCCCAACCAACCCCAGGACUGAUGCUUUUUGGGUUUUUCCCCCAGAAAGAUGAUUCACAGGCAUAAGUAGCGGCACGCAGGGAAAAAAAAUCUGCGAGUGCAAAUUCUGCUUCAGGUCGGAUCUGAGGAGGGUUUCAUGCUCUUGACCCACCAGAUUGUCCAAACGUCCCCAUUUUGGCCCCGAUGCUGCAGCCGUUUGGUGACUCCGGACGCAACUUUCUGGAAAAGGGAGGAAAUUCCCCCAAAUCCUUUAAUUUAUGUGUGAAAAACCCGUGGAAUCUGGAAAAAAAAAAUCACCCCAUCCUCGUCCUUAAGGGCUGAGACUGGACGCAGAGUUGGGGCAAAGGCUGCCAGCAGUAAGACUUUCCCAUGGCGUUUUGGCACCGAGUCAGGAAAAAGUGGGGGGAAAAAAAUGGGUUAAAAAAAUGCAGAUUUUCACCCCAAAUUGAAUGGUGACCCCCAAGAUUCACCCGGGUGGGAGGAAAUUCAAUAUUGUUGCUGGAAAGAUGGUUUCUCCCUGAUACUGUCUACCUGCAUGGGAAAAUGGUGGAGUUUUACCCCAAAGGAGCCAUGGGGGAGGGCAGCUCUGCAAAAAACUAACGUAUUUUGGGUUUUUUUUAAAUGCUAGCAAACCGGCGAAUUUCGCCUUAAAAUAUGGUGCGGGGGAAACGCAAAAGCAAACCCGGGUGAUGCAGGGCAGAAAUAAUAAAGGAAUUUUCUUCUGCAGGUUCCUCCUGUAAAUGCAGGUUUCUGUAAGAAGGAUUUUUUUUUUUUGCGGCUUUUUGCCGGUUUUGUCCUUAUUUUUUCUGGCUCUUGAAGAGUUGAGAAAAAAAAAGAAACAGCAGCCAGGGGGAAAAAUAACCCAAGUGAUGCAAUGGGCAGAAAAGCCUAUUUUUCGAUACUGAUCUGGCGUGAAUGUAAUCUGUAAUUUCAUAAAGGAUUCAUUGUAAUUUAGUAUUAAUUCAUGGCCAUUUAUUAUAAAGUGCUACGAGAUGA